CGACGAAGUGCUGGAACCUCUUGGGUUGACUGCACCGCAUUGCACCACAGGGAGUCUCGUAUUCCUUGUGUCUGACAUCUAUUCUUUGGAUCCCUGGUCUCAAGUCGCAUUCGUGCGCACCGGACCGAACCAUGGCGGCCGCCAACAAGCAGGGCAAGAUGCAAAAUCUCAUCAACUACCGGAUGAGGGUGACCUUGACCGAUGGCCGACAGAUGACCGGACAGAUGCUUGCUUUUGAUAAGCACAUGAACCUUGUUCUUGCAGACACGGAAGAGUUCCGCCGCGUGAAACGGAGAUCGAAUAAGCCCACACCAGGUCCCCCCAAUGCCCCGCUCGUCGAGUCCGAAGAGAAGAGAACUCUGGGGUUGACAAUUGUUCGCGGAACGCACGUUGUUUCUUGCUCAGUUGAUGGACCUCCCCCUGCAGACCCUUCGGCUCGGUUGGGAACCAGCAUCCCCGGUGGUACUGCUGCCGCCGCUGCCACUCUUGCUGCAGGACCUGGAAUCAGCAGACCGGCGGGACGAGGCCUGCCUGUUGGACUUGGAGGACCAGCUGCUGGUGUUGGAGGACCCCCACCCCCUGGUGGAUUUGGAGGCUUUCCUCCAGGCGGUUUCCCUGGAGCACCACCCCCAGGAUUCGCCGGCCGUGGAGGACCACCGGGAGGACCUCCUGGCUUUGCGCCCCCGCCUGGAUUUGCCGCCCCUGGCGCCCCGGGAGGACCUCCUGCCGGAUUCCAACCACCCCCUGGCUUCCAGCCCCCCGGCGGAGGACGCGGCUUCCCUCCAGGAUUUGGUGGUCGUUGAGAAGGAAUUUUUGUCGGAUGUCGCAUUAUGUAUCAAACUUGCAGACCGUGACCGAUGGGCGGAACGAUUUGACUGGACCAUCCCUAUUUACAGCCAUAAAAAAGGUAGACUUACCGGAGCUACCAGGCCAGGCGUUACGGCGCGUGCGGAUGGAGGUUAAGGAGUGCUCAAGCAGCAGAAUAACGCCAUAUUUGCAUAGUCAGGACCUCAAAAGUAAUACCAGAAAGAAGCGUGCAAAAAGUCUCAUGCGUGUGUUAGCUUGUAGAAUGGAAUCAAGUAUAAUUCCUGUGGUCUCUUUUCUCUCCAUUUCCCAAUUAACAUAUUAGGC